GAGAGCAUCUGGCCAAUGUGCAUCAGUUGUGGUCAGCAGCAAAAUCAAGUGAAUCAUCUCAGUGCACUUAAAGGCCUAAAUAGCCCAUCUCUAUCUUUUGUGAAGUGAACAAGUUCCCGGAAAUCCAACUUAAUCAAGAUGCCUUGCCCAUGCGGAAGCGGAUGCAAAUGCGCCAGCCAGACCACCAAGGGAUCCUGCAACUGCGGAUCUGACUGCAAAUGCGGCGGCGACAAGAAAUCCGCCUGCGGCUGCUCCAAGUGAGCUUUCCCCCCAAGGAAAAUCUGGAGAGGAGGCGCCGCCAGACUAUUGUCUUCGAACUGAUUUCUGUAUAAUUCCCGAUGCAAAAACACAAUGUUUUCUCAUUUACAUACCUUCCAACCUAUGUUCAAUUAAAGUAAUUGAAGCCUAA